AUGGAAUACGCUGCAUGCGUUGGGUAUAGGGCGAUAGGGGGAGAAAUUGGAGGUUUUGCGUAUCAGGCAAGGUUGCAUCGACUUUUUGCUGAGCUGGAGCCAUCUGUAACCGUCACCGAGCAAAACCUGGCAGACCGAGUUCGGUAUAUCUUGCGCUCAAAUAUAUUUGAUGACGCCGAACUCGAACGGCUACGGCGUGAGGCUGUUCCCUCAUCAAAUGAAAAUGCUACGGCUGAGGAUGCGGUACCACAAGUUGCAGAACAUCCCGCACACGUGGAUACCGCCGUGAAUACCCCAGUGGUGGCUGAUUCAAAUGAUGAUGGAACAUUCACCCAGGAACUAGAAAUAGAGCAAAUGAGGAGUACAUUGGAAGAGGCGAUUAUGGAAACGCGCAGUACGCCUCUCGAAAAUCGACCGCGACUUCCCCGCAUAGCCCUAAGCAAGCGGAAUCGCAAAUCGCAAUGCGGUGACCUAUUUGGAAGCCAGACGGGGCCUUUGCGAUACGGACUCAAUUCUUUUUGGCGCCGCGCUGGCAGUCUGCCGUAUCAUAGGCGCCAAGGUUUCUACGGCUGGACGCGCUUCUGA